CUUGUGCUUCAGGUCCUUAACUUAAAAUGCAAAUUUUAAUCCAGUAAGAUUCUACUCGGCGCCCAACACUCAGGUCCCUAGAGGAAUAAAAGCGCUUUUCUAGCUCUAUGGCGUCCGAACAAAAUUCACAUAUGUUAUGAUGUCGCCUUAAUUUUUCUAUCUCUACUGAUACUCUCUGCCCCCCCCCACCGCCGGAACACUUCAAAGAGAACCUCUACAAUUGGCUAAGCGCUUCGCCCUCAAGUGUUCCUCGUUCUUAUUGGACGAAUUUCGACGGAAUUCCAAUUGGCUGAAGCAGAGAUUGCUAUGGCAACGCGUGAUUCCCCCAACCUUCUACACUCCGACAACCAGAGAUGGGGUUGGAGGGCUUCCAGCAGGUGAAAGGGGCGGGGGGAAUUCAAUAAUAUUCACGUGCAGGCCAAUAUUUCCCAUUUUCACUUCGAACAUAUUGCUGGGGAAAGGGGGGGGCGACACGAGGCAGAAACUCAACUGGGACAGCUUUUGGCGCAGUAGAAAUGGUGGAAGGAAACGCUUCGCCCGCCAAGUGCCUGCCUGUCGUGCAGCUGUUGAAAUCACAGGGGUGUCUGUCAGGAUUGGGAAGCAAUCCUAAUACCAAAAAUUGUCAACGUUUCAUAGUAAAUAAUAGUUAUCUACCAGUGGUAAGAAUAAUAAUCCAUGCUGAAGUAUAAGUUGUGAUGACAUUUUGCAUAAACCACCAACAUAAAUGAAAAUCGAUUACGGUAAAUAAAAAUGUUCUGUUCGAUGGAAAAAAAUUAUCUUAUUUGCAAUUAUAGCAAUAUGGCUUUCAGCUUUAAAUUGUGUAACCAACACUAUUCAAAGCACGCUCCAGCCAAGUAGAAUUUGUUCCCAUUGUGGCACGAUAAUCUGCCACCAAAUCUCAUUGAAAUAACCAGUAGUAAUAAUAGUAGUACUAGUAAAACAUGUCUCUCCUGUAUCAGCCUCUAUAGGCACUGUAACUCUCCAGUGGCUUGACUUCACCCCCAAAGGCACAUUCUUCUAUUGUCUCUUGAAACAGACAGAUGUCAGCAAUAGUAGUAUACAAUUUGGUCAUACAACUGUGUAAGAAAAAAUAUUUGUAAAUUGAUCCCUAACACUCCUACUCAAAAAUUAUUUCUGUUUUUCAGCCUCAGCCUCAUAAGGCAAAGAUAUGCAUGUGGUGAGUAACUGCUUAUGUGUAUUAAUUUAGAAGAAGCAUUAAUUGCCACAUCCUACCCCAGAAUCAGCUGUAUUUUGGUGCAUGGCCUGAAAAUCCUUGAAUUUUGGCAUUGCUGCAUGUUUGAUGCCCAUUAUACCUAAGGCUGCUUGUGUACAUUAAGAACAUGAAGCUGUUUUUCAGGUUACUUGCUUUCCCUUGUUCUUCCUGUUCCAGGAAAUAUCUAGAUGUUCACUCCAUGGAUUUAAUCAACAAGGCUGGAACCACUGAUGAACUGAAGAGGUGAUGAGACUUUAAGACUAAGAAACAUUAGCCAUGUCAGUCUCUUACCAAAACAAACAUCUAAGUAAGAGUUACUGCUGAAUAAACACAUAGAGAAUCGGGCUGCAUUCAGGAUGUUCCAGAUAAUGGAACACAUCCUAAAUGCAGAGCGACAGAGGGUAAAGUCCUCUAAAUUUUAAAGAACCAGCAUUGGCUAUACAUAUUUAACCAGACACUGUUUAAAGAGGUUACUAAGAAUAGGUGGCUGGAUAUAUCCAAGUCUGAAGAAUCAAACUGGCAGUGAAAUUUUAAAAACCUUGAUCUACUCCCUCACUGUUCUCAGGUGCAGAGUCAUCUUAUUGCAGUUAGCUGUGCAAAAUAAAGGCAGACGCCUACCAGUUAAAGGAAAUAGUGAUGAUGGAAGAAUUUUGUCAUUCUCCCAUCAAACAGGAUUGUCUAUAAUCCUACCUCCCUAUUUCCCUUCUUCUCUGCAGCCUCCUCUCCAGACUCUUGGAUUUGCAAGAUUUCGAAACAAACCCACGCUCCACUAUCUUAUUGGAUCUGUACUUCUACACCAUCCAGUUCUGCCGGGAGCAGGGCUUCAACAGGGAACAGACCUCAGCCUUCUUCUCAAUUGUGAAGGAUGUACACGAGGCCUGUGUAGGUAAGCAAAUGGAUGUCAGAAGAGAGAAGGGAGUUUUGUGAAUGGAAAAGAAGAAUGAGGGGGAUGUGGGGAAAUGUGACCGCAGAAGCCUCAUUGGGAGCAACGUGGCAUUAUAAAGAGUAGGAUACUGUCUUAAGUACACAGUUUCUUUAGGUUAUUGUGGAUGCCUGUUAGUGCUAUAGUGAUGCUGCCUUAUCAUAAGGCAAAGAGGUGAGACUAACACCCAGAGCCGGUCCUGUUGGCUGCCAGUUGGGGAACUGGGCUGUAGAAAAAGGGCUUGAGAAGAAGAACAUGAUGCUUCCACCUUCUUCUCCUAUAGAAACACCACUGCCCAAUGUGGAGGAAUGCUACAACUACUUCUCUGAACUUGUUUUUUGCCACUCCAUCCGGGUGAGUGUGUCCAGACAGGGCAAAAAUGAUAACACAACCGAGAUGUCAUCCCUCCCCAAUAUUCCUCUUUUCAGCACUGCGUAUGUGGAAGGGAAUGGCACCCCCCACACACACACACACAAUCUUACCUAUUUUUUCACACUUCUUUAGAGACCCCCCUUCAGCAUUGAUCUCUUCAAUCAGAACCAGCUGGUGCGCCUAACAGACUACAUGAUCAACACCUACUUCCGCCACUACAAACUUUACAAAUACGCUUUCACUCCACAGGUAAAAAUUUGUCAGGGUUUGGGUGGAUGGGAAGGAGCUCUCAUGUCACCUUCCCAUGCCAUGGGAGGAAAGGGUUUGCAGGAUCCUGGAUGAUUUAUGUGUAGCACGAGGGAUUAAACAUGGACUCUGAUGCUCCCAUGGAUUUUGGGGUGGGAUCCAACAUUGCCACUCAGCUUCCAUCAGCGGAACAGGAAAGGAAGCAAUUUCCAGCUAUUCCAAAGGAGCAGCACAAGAGCUUCUGCUCUGGAGGAUCCCCCAACCCUCUGGAGAAGGUAUAGGGGGAGAAAAUUGCUGAAGUUUGCUUCCUUCAAGUCUUACCAUCAAGCUGAGCAACACUGCUGGAUAUGGCCCUUUAUUUUUAAGAGCAAGGUACUUUGUGGAUGCAGUGAAAAUCAUCAAAAUGUGACCAGAAACUAGCCAGCCAGUGAAAUCAGUGGAUCACUCCUCAGCAGCCACAUGCUCAUACAUACCGGUCCCAAAUCCCCUCUCUUCCCUAGGUGCGAUUGGACAUAUCAUUCACUUACAUUGGGAUGCCUGAACCAGAGCCCAAAUAUGAAGGUAAGUGUGGGCAGGCCCAGAUCCUCCCUCCCUCUGAGCACAACAGUGUAAGCUGACUGUCAUUCACCUGUAUUGACAAGGAUGUUAAAGGGGUGAAAAAGAAAUUGGCCAGUCCUUCUAAAUGAGGACAUCUCCCGGAGUAGGACAAGGGGAAGACAAAAGCUACAUAUAAAUCUGUGGCAGAAGGUGGCUUUAAAGCAAGCAUAGGCAAACUCAGCCCUCCAGAUGUUUUGGGACUACAAUUCCCAUCAUCCCUGACCACUGGUCCUGUUAGCUAGGGAUCAUGGGAGUUGUAGUCCCAAAACAUCUGGAGGGCCGAGUUUGCCUAUGCCUGCUUUAAAGUAACACACAGACCUAGUUAUAUAGGAAGCCAUCUAAAAAAUAUGUGUUUAUUAUAGGAAGGCAUCCUCUGCCAGAUUAAAUUGUCGGUCCAGUGUUUAGCCCAGUGUUUAUUCUGACUGAGGAUCUCAGGCAAAGCUACAUCUUGCCCAGCUCUAUGAUCUUGAGAGCCUUUUAACUGGAAAUAACGAAGGAUUGAACCUGGGUUAUGUUCUGUGUGAACAGCACACGUUUCACCCCUGAGAGAUGAGUCUUCCCUCUUUGGGGCCGUGGCGCUCUUGCUUUGAAUCAGUACUUGGUCCUCAAAUGCUAAAAUGUCACAAUAGCCUCCCGCGUCUUGGGUCAGGUUGAAGUUUUUACAACUACCAAGAGGGUCCUACAGGCCCAAGAGAGUCUGUAGGAAAGGAUACAAUAUCAAGAGUUGUUGCCCCCAAUCCAACCCUUUCCCCCCAAAGGGUUUUUAACAUCUCUUUCUUCUACAGAAGCAGCAACUGAGGACUCAGAGGCAGCUUUGUCACCUCUGCAGGAGGAUAUGGACGAGACAGCUAUUGCUGAAGAAAGUAAGAGAGGGUGGCUCAGUGGCUGGGGCUAGUGUGUAGUGUCCAGAGUGAGCUAAAAAGUCCCCCAGCUCAGAUUUCAUCUUAGUCAUGAGGUCUUGGGUGAACCUCCCUCACUCCCUCUCUCUGCCCUUGGUUCCUCAUCUGCAAUCUGGGGAUAGUAAUAUUGCCCUACCUUACAGACUUGUUGUAAAAUCUACUGAAGUUAUGACCUUGCCUAUCCAUUGCACUAAGCCAAACUGUGGUUCCCAGGGAGGAGCUUGCAGCCAGUUUGCUCCUCCCCAGCCAUGUUUUCGUUGCCACACCACACUGAACUAAGCCAGUUUGGAGUGGCAUGGCAUCCAAAACCAGGCGUGUGGUUGAGCUCUCGUCAGGCUAUCCACAAGCUUUAACCAAGAACAAACUCAUGGUUUGUCUGAAAAGAGCUUAACCAGAAACCUGGGUUUAGACAACACGCUAAGCCAGACAUUGGCUUAGCUCAGCACAUCAUUGAAAGAGGCUGAGGCAGAGCAAUGCGGCCCAGGCCAGUAUGCGGUAAGUGCUUCAAAUGCUGCAAAAGUGCUAUUUAAACGGUGAGUAGUGUAUUCUUUUUUGGUGUGGGGGGCACUCCCGAACCCCAGAGCGGUAGCCUAGAGGCGAGUGCUCUCUCCCGCUUAUUCUGCCUCCUCCUAGGUCCCACCGCUGUGCUGCGAGAGUACAUUGCAAACCAGCUCACCCAGGAGCUGACCAUGCUGCGCCUUUCAGUAGAUCAGCGCUUGAAGGCAACGGAGGACCAGUUUAACGCCAAGCUGCUCCAGCUGGAGAAGGGCCCGGGCAAGGGGGGUGCCAAGGGCAAGAAAAAAUAAGCAGGUUGGGAGGAGAGAGAAUUAACUUUUUAGAUUAGAAUGUUGAGAGGUUAUCAGGGCCCACCCAUUAAGUAUCUCAUUCCUCAAAAAUUGUGGAAAUGAGUAAUAGUUAAAUGGGGGGUGGCCAGAUAGACCACACUUUUAAAUGCCUUUUAGAAACCUGUUUUUCAAAAACUUUCUACAGAGAAACCUGUGAUGUUGAGACAUUAAAGAGCUUUCCAAACAAUCGGUA